AUGGUAUUCUUCAUAAUUUUUCUAGCUAUAGUCACCUAUCUGGUUUUCGGCACCGAAGCGUUUAAAGUUUCCUUUUAUAAGAACAUAAAUUAUGCUGAGGAAUUUGUCCGUGCAUGGAUUGGAGGAGAGGGACAAGGCUGCCGGCAGAAAUACGCCGGCCUAGCUAAGGGAGUUGUUAUUGAAUCUACCGGCCCGGUCGAUGAUUCUACCACCGUACAAUUUUAUAGCUCAGAGGACUGCGCCCCAGAAACUAAAAUUAGUCGAGCUGAUGCCGGUUGCCUCACUAUCGACCAAGACGUUAUUGGGGCAUAUAAGUCGUUCUAG